UUCCUCCAAUAGGGCAGUGGAGGGAGGAUCGGGGUGGUACGUCAAGUGCAUAAGUAUUAGCACACACAUCUGGACACGCUCACCCUGGAAAACAAGGACUGUAGAACUCUCCCAAAUCUGCAGAGGAAAGGAAAUCGCUAGUCUGCCACCCAUUCUCCAUCAGUGCUGUCACCGUAGUCCACAGCAUCUACUGACCUCCCUCCUUGUGUGGACAUCAUGAUCAAAUCCUUAAAGCAGACGUUCCUGUCCCAAGACCUGGAGUCACCCAAGUGGAGUCCAGUGGAGACUGUGGUGCCCGGUUGUGACCUGCGGAUGUAUGAGGCCAGCACAUGGGUCAGCACCGUGAUUAAAGGAGGGAGCCAGAAGGAGGCAAUGCGGCAGGGCUUCCAGAAACUCUUCCGCUACAUCCAAGGGAAGAAUGAAAAAGAGGCCAAGAUCGAGAUGACUGCACCAGUGACGUGUCUGGUUCAACCUGGCAAUGCCGAGUACAAGAUCUCCUUCUUCUUGCCAUUUAAGCAUCAAAACUUACCCUUAGAGCCAAUUGAUCCGGAUGUGUUUCUUGAGCAGAGAAAAGGAGCAGCCAUCUUUGUCAGGUCAUUUGGAGGAUUUGCCUCUAUGGAGAAAUUCAGCAAAGAAGCUCAAGCUCUAGCAGAAACCUUGCAGAGGGAAGGCCAGUCAUUCCAUCCCGAUUUCUACUAUACUGCUAGCUACAACAGCCCUUUCACACUUUUCAACAGGCACAACGAAGUGUGGUAUUUCAAGAAGGAAGAGGGAGAAGGGUUAUGGUUUCAGAUGGCAAAGGAUUCCUUGUUGAAAAAAAUUGGGCAACUACUGUAGUCAAGAAACCUGGGCUCCAGUCUCUUCCUUGAACUACCCUGGGACGUUUGGAUGUGGACUUCUCAAUGCUUAGCCUGCAGUGGCUUUAAGCAGGUACUCCCUUCAAAUUCAUGGAUGAGUUUUGAAAGCUGUUCUGCCUGAACCCAGCAAACCUUGUUAUUGCUCCUUCCUGAGGGGAGGAAUGUGGAAGUUGUUGCAUUCGAUGACCAGAGUGAUUGAAGGUGAAGCUAGGGUGUGGUUCAUGAAUGAAACCUAGCAGACUGAUAUGACCUUAAUAAGAAACCACGUGAGCUGAAAAUGUUGUACAAUGUAAUGGCUCAGUAACUGAAUAGAUGUGCUGAAGUUUCGUUUAAGGCACUAACAUCCCCUUAACCAAUUUUUUCCUCUAAGGCAUUAAAUUGAGAUUCAACAAUU